UCCCUCUGGCUUCCUCCGCCGCCGCCACCCACAGGCCGCGGACCCUGUCAUUAUCGCCGGCGGCCCGGCCCCCCUCCCUGCCUCUGGGCGCCUCGCCGGGGUUGGGGAGAUGCGCGAAAGAAUCUGGAGUCCUCCUGGGUCAGGGACCGCGUAACGUUCGACGCCCAGCCGGGCUGGUGCGAAAGGGAGCCUCGGAGUCCAGGCGCCAGCCGCGGCUCCCCGGAUGUUUGCUUUCCCUUCUGCAAAAUGGGUGCACGGACGCGAGUUAGGAGGUCCUUGGAGAGGCAUGCCUGGACCUGGUCUGGAGAAGGGUCCCCUCCCGGCUCGCUGGGAAGUUUCUAACCCCAGAAGUGCCCUUGGCGGGGGAGCUGGGGCGGAAGCCGUAAAACCUAGAGCAGCUCCUCUCAGUAAAGUCAACACCGCCGUACGAACGUUCACGAAGAUGACGACUCGACAGCACCCUUUAACAGACGCAAAGCGGAAGAGGCGGGCCGGAAGUGGAAGUGCGGCAGGGAGUUAGCGGCGUCUCAGUUGCCAUGGAGACUGGAAGGGGAGAGCGGCAGUCCGCAGAGCCUGGGUCCUACGCCUUCGUUGGGGCGACGUGGACGCCAACCCCGCGUCCGACCCGGAUCCGCAGCCCCAGCCAGUCCUCCCUCGCCUACUCCGAGUCUUUCUACCACGGCUUCGGUGGUCGGCCCCGCCGCGUCUCGCCGCUCACGCUCCGGCCGCUCCCCGAGCCCCAUCUGCUGCGCCUGCGUCCCACCUCGCUGCGCACCCAAGACAUCUCUUACUUGCUCACCGGCGUCUUUCGCAACUUGUAUACCGCCGAGGUGACUGGCGAGGAGGUGAGUGAGAGUUUGAUCAAGGCCCGCGGCAGCGAGGAUGCUUGGCACGAGGAGUUCGUGGACCAGCUGCAGCAGAUUCGGGAGCUCUAUAAGCAGCGGCUGGAUGAAGUUGAAAUGUUGGAGAGACAUAUCAUUCAGGCCCGCGCACGGGCCCUUGCGGAGAAAGAGCAGGCCAUGCACCAGGCCGAAGUACAGGUCCUUGAGCCGUUCAUCAAGAUGCCUCGAGUGAAGACCGUCUUCAGGUGGUGUGUGGACAACGAGUUGCUACAGAAGCAUCAUUUGAUCUGCCCGAAUGAUUACUACAGCGAUACAGUGCCCUUUUGCUCUGCACCUAAAGGUGUCUUUGUCCCUGGAUAUUCAAAGCUGACAUUUAGUUGUGAGAAACGUUCUGUCCCAAAGAAAGAACUGACCAAGAAGCUUGCCUGCAGGAAGAUGCCCUCUCAGUCUGAAGAGGAGACAGACUACACCAUGGACAGCCUGACGUGGGACCCAUCUUUUAAGGCCAAACUCAGAUCCAGGGCAACUGUCAAGAAAACAGGUUCACCGAAGAAUAAAAACUGGAUGAACCAUUUACGUGUGCCCCAGAGGCAGCUGGAGCAGCUUCUGCUCGCCAGGAUGGAGAGUCGGAACCACUUCCUGAAAAACCCUCGCUUUUUCCCUCCUAACACUCCAUUUGGAGGCAAGUCUCUUCUCUUUCCUCCCAAGAAGCCAGCACUGAUAGGAGAAUUCCAGGAUGGAGAGCUGGAAGAGAGUUGUGCUGAUACUCCAGUGUUUCUAGCUAAGCCCUCAAUUGCAUUUUUCACAGAUUAUGAAAUUGGACCAGUUUAUGAGAUGGUGAUCUCGCUGCAGAACACCACGUCCACCAGCCGCCAUCUGCGAGUCCUCCCGCCGUCCACGCCCUACUUCGCUCUGGGAUUGGGGAUGUUCCCAGGAAAAGGUGGGAUGGUGGCUCCUGGGAUGACCUGCCAGUACACUGUCCAGUUUUUUCCCGACUGCCUUGGGGAUUUUGAUGACUUUAUUUUAGUGGAGACGCAGUCAGCGCACACGCUCCUGGUCCCCCUGCAGGCCCGGAGGCCGCCCCCAGUGCUGACGCUGUCGCCGGUGUUGGACUGUGGUUACUGCCUCAUUGGGGGCAUGAAGAUGACCAGAUUCAUCUGCAAAAACGUGGGCUUCAGCGUGGGCAAGUUCUGCAUUAUGCCUAAAAAGAGCUGGCCGCCGCCAAGCUUCAGAGCUGUUGCAACCAUCGGCUUUGUUGAGCAGUCUCCCUUCGGGAUCCUGCCGGCAGUGUUUGAGCUGGCUCCGGGGCAGGCCGUAUUCAUGCAGGUCCUGUUCCUCCCAACCAGCCUGGGAAAGGCAGAGCAGACCUUCAUCAUCGUGUGUGACAACUGCCAGAUAAAGGAGCUGGUGACCACAGGAAUCGGGCAGCUGGUGGCUCUGGAUCUGAUCUAUGUUUCUGGUGAAAAAAGUCAGCCGGAGCCUGGAGAGCUCACAGACUUAACAGCCCAGCACUUCAUACGCUUUGAGCCUGAAAACCUUCAGUCCACGGCCAGCAAACUGCUGAUUAUUAGAAACGCCACGCACGUGGAACUGGCCUUCCGCUGGCAGAUCAUGAAGCCCAACCUGAGGUCCCUAAUGCCUGGAGAAACCUACAGCCCGGACAGCAUCAAGUCCCAUCCUGACAGGGAGACGGCCUUCUCCAUCGCCCCCGACAUGGGAGCUCUCAAGCCCCACACGGACCACGAGUUCCUCUUGAGCUUCUCUCCUCGAGAGCCCGGGGAUUUUCACAGCGUGCUCCAGAUGGUGCUGGAGGAAGUCCCAGAGCCCAUGAGUUUGGACUUGGAAAACCCGAAGGAUCCCUUGUACUCUGUGGAUGACGUGAUUGUCCUGGAAAUCGAGGUGAAAGGCUCAGUGGAACCUUUCCAGGUUCUCUUAGAACCAUAUGCCCUCAUCAUCCCCGGGGAGAACUACGUUGGGAUGACCGUGAAGAAGGAUUUCAAGAUGUGGAACAACAGCAAGUCAGCCAUCAGGUACACGUGGGGGAAGAUCAGCGACUGCCACGUCAUUGAAGUGGAGCCCUGCGCAGGGACCAUCGAGCCCAGCGAGGUGGAGGAUUUUCAGUUGAACUUUACCGGGGGUGUCCCUGGCCCGAUGAGCCAGAACCUGCUGUGUGAAAUCAAAGACUCCCCCUCACCGGUGGUCUUACACGUCGAGGCGGCCUUUAAGGGGCCUGCCCUCGUCAUCGACGUCUCAGCCCUUCAGUUUGGUUUGCUGCGCCUGGGGCAGAGAGCCACAAACUCCAUCCAGAUCCGGAACGUCAGCCAGCUCCCGGCCACGUGGUCCAUGAAGGAGAGCAGGGUCUGCCUGCAAGAAAGGCAAGAGGGCGUGUCUCCCUUCGUCAUCGAGCCGUCCAGUGGCCAAGUUCAGCCACUGGGGGAGUGCAGAGUGAGCAUCACGUUGGAGGCCCGGCACUGCCAGUGUCUGCAGACCGUCCUGGAGCUGGAGGUGGUAAACGGGACCUGCAGCCACCUGCCUGUGUAUGCCGAGGUGCAGGAGCCCUACGUGUACCUGCAGAGCAGCCAGGUGGAGGUCACCAACCUCUACGUGGGCGUGCCCACCGAGACGCCUGUCACACUCAUCAAUGGCACGCUCCUGCCCACCCAGUUCCACUGGGGCAAGCUCCUGGGGCUCCAAGCAAGCUUCUGCACAGCAAAAGUCUCCCCCAGGCGUGGCACGCUGGGCCCCAGUGAGGAGCGCCAGCUCAGCCUAGAGUUGACUGCUCAUACCCAGGAAGAGUUGAUGGACCUGGCCCUCCCUUGUAACGUGUCGGGCAUGAAGGAGCCACUGGUUCUGGGCAUUUCCGGGAAACCCCGGGGACUGCAGGUGGCCAUCGCCAUCUCUGCAGAGGACAGUGACAGCAGCACAGAGCUGUGGCCAGGCCACCCGGAGAGGCUCCACCUGGACUUCGGCUCAGCAGUGCCGCUGCGGACCCGCGUGAAUCGCCAGCUCAUCCUGACCAACUAUUCCCCGAUACAGACCCCUUUUACCCUCAAGUUUGAGUACUUUGGGAGCCCUGCAAACAGCCUGCGCCAAAAACCCAGCCGCCCCGACAUGCCUCCUGCCCUGCUGAAGAUGGCUCGGAUGCGGGAGCUCUUGGCCAAGCGAGAGCAGCUGGAGUUUAUGGAAAGCAUGCUGUCCCACGGGAAAGGAGCUGUCUUCUUUCCCCACCUCUCCCAGGGUGUGCUGGGGGCCCACCAGAAGCUUGGCAUUGACCUCACAGCCUGUGCGAACAUGUGGGGCGAGUACUGGGACAGCCUCAUCUGCACAGUGGGAGACCUGCCUCCAGCGGUCAUCCCGGUGCACAUGGUGGUGGUGGGCUGCCCCAUCAGCUCCCACAGGACCGCCCGCUACACCACUGACCAGAUCCAGGAGGAGCCUGUUGUCAGGUUCGGCACCCGGGUCUCUGGAGGAGACACAGCCACCCGGAUCCUUCGCCUGAGUAAUUCCAGCCCCUGUGACAUCCGCCUGGACUGGGAGACCUACGCUCCCGAGGACAGGGAGGACCGGCUGCUGGAGCUGCUGGUGUUCUACGGGCCACCCUCCCCGCCGCGGGACCAAGCUGGGAGCGACCGCCUGCGCCCUGAGGCCCCUGAGAGCAGCAGCUCCUUCUGGUCCCCAAGUCCCUCCGACGUGUCCAAGUCCAGCCGUGAAGCUGCCCAGCCUGCUGAGGGCGGCUCCAGUGCCAGCGCCUCCCAGGAAAUCAUCUCGGUCACCCUGCAGGGGCGCGAGGGGGUGCCCUCUGACCAGCUGUUCUCCAUCAGCCCCAAGCAGGUGGUGGUCCCCGCAGGGGGCAGCAGCACCAUCCGCAUCUCCUUCACACCCGUGGUCCUGGGCCCCGACGUCCUGCACAAGGUGGAGUGUACCGGCUCCGCCCUGGGCUCCAUGAGCUUGGAUGACGAGGUGGAGAGGGAGCUCCCGGGGAGGAGGCGCCGCCUGCAGGGCUCGGCUGUGGGACCCGUGAGGCUGCACCUGCACGGCUACGUGAGGCCCGCGCGGCUGAGCGUGGAGCUGGACUCCGGCGGCACCAUGGUGUUCUGGCGCCAGGCCAGCGACCUCAUCCCCGAGCAGCGCUGUGCUGGGGUGCUGAGUGAGCUGGUGACCACCCACCACCUGAAGCUGAUCAACACCACGGAAAUCCCACACUACUUCCGGCUCCUGGUCUCCAGGCCCUUCUCUGUUUCUCAAGAUGGGGUGAGCCGCAGCCACAGGGCUCCCAGCCCCAGCUGGAAGCAGGAGUGCAAGGAGGGGACAGCAGCAGCCGGCAAGCAGCUGGUACUCUACCCACAGGAGAACAUGCUGGUGAACGUAUCCUUUUCCCUCUCCCUGGAGCUGCUCUCCUAUCAGAAGCUCCCGGCUGACCAGAUGUUGCCUGGAGUGGACAUUCAGCAGAGCGCGAGUGGAGAGAAACAGAUGGUCUUCACUCAGAAUCUGCUUCUGGAAUACAGCAACCAGACCACUCAGGUGGUGCCCCUGCGGGCCGUCGUGGCCGUGCCCGAGCUGCAGCUCUCCACCAGCUGGGUGGACUUCGGGACCUGCUUCGUGAACCAGGGCCGCGUCCGGGAGGUCUACCUGAUGAACCUGAGCGGCUCCCGGAGCUACUGGACCGUGUUGACAGGGUCUCCCCAAGCAGCGGGCUGCUGGAGGCACGACCGGUCAACGCACCCCCCACCUCCGUCCCCCUCCAGGUUUCCUUCACUGCCAGGAGCUGUGAGCUGUACGAGUCCACGCUGGUGGUGGAAGGCGUGCUCGGUGAGAAAUCCUGCACCCUGCGGCUCCAGGGCCGAGGCUCAUACGACGAGAGAUAUGCGUCACCCUACUAGCUCUGAGCCUCCGCCCUCAACCCCCAAUACUGGAAAUAAACACGGCCCAGAGCUAUGGAGCAGGUUUACUGGGCCAGGGCACCUACUGGAGGACCUCUGAACAGCUCCUGGGAUGGAGGGACGCCCCCCCCGCCCCCCGCCCCCCCACUUCCAGGCCCUGCGCCCUGUGUCCUCAGAGCUAAUACAAAGGGUAGGCCAUGCCCCUGUGGAGACCAGGGCAGUUAAAAGAGUCAGUAUUCAGAUUCAGCAGAGGCAGGACCAGCAUAGCAAGAACUGGCUCUUGGGAAAAACCACAGCCACUAAGGGAAGGUAAUGCAUUUGCGAUGUUUACUGCACUCCGCAUCCACAGGCCCCUUUCCCCAGGAAUCACACAGUAGCCUUGCAGGCUGGGUGACCCAGGCCACCUUUGCCUGUCUGUCUCAGCUAGAGGGGCCCGACAGAGGGCAGCCCGAUACCUCACCCACUCCUGUACUGUCUCAUCAGUGUUCACAUUUGCCAAAUUAAUUAGCUGAAGUGUCUUGAUUUGCCACUACCACCGGUGCUGGAACUCCCCAGGUAUCACGUCUGUAGCGCUACUGCCAGAGCACUGGGCUGGGCCUCUUUCAGUUUCCAGGAUAUUCGAAGACGGCGGCGGCUCCCAUGCCGGUCCCGAUGCACAUGGACACCACCCCAUACGCCCUGUGGAAGCAAAAUGUGCUGGUUGGGUGAAGGCACAAAGGGCAGAAGCCCAGCCACCAAGCUCUCCCCGGACCAGGCUGAGCUGGGUGGACCAAGGCCUUCACGGGCACAGGACGCCAGACCUCAGGGCACGUGGUUCCCGGCCACCUCCCCCUCGGGCGCACCAGCUGGGCCUCCCCCCAACCCCCCACCCCCGACCUCCACGGGGGCCAGCCUUACCGCCUCCCACGGCGCUUCAACUCGUUGAGCAGUGUGAUGACCUGUCGCGCCCCAGUGCAGCCCAGCGGGUGGCCCAAGGCCACCGCACCCCCCAGAGGGUUCACCUUCUCAGGGGGCAGUUGCAGCUUCUCCACACAGUAGACGGCCUGGAGGGAGGCUGAGCAUCAGCUGUAGCUCCCUCCCUGGUCCCCUGCACCACCACCCGCUGCCUCCAACUGGGCGGCCCAGGCAACAGUGCAAAACAGGGGCUCGCCUGACUUGCGAAGGCCUCAUUGAUCUCAAAGAUGUCCACGUCCUCCACCGUCAACCCUGCAGGCAAGCGGAAAAGACCGGAGCUGACCCAGCGGCCCCUUAGCAGGCUUCUCAGACUCCCUGGGGCCCUGCGCCAUCCAUGGGCUGGAGGCUGGGCUGCCCGGUGUGUCUGCCUCUGUUCCAGAUGGGUGAGCGGGUCCCAGCUGUGGGGUCAGGAAGGGGUCGGGGUGCUGGCCUGCCCCACCUUCACUCUGCGGCACCCGCAGGCCCACCCCGGGCACCUGCCUCUGGCAACAGCACGAGAGGCAGGAGUUGGAUCCAAACCUAGGGUGUGAAGGAGCCAUCUUACCUGCUUUUUGCAAAGCUACAGGGAUGGCAUAGGCAGGUCCAAUGCCCAUGAUAUCAGGCGGGACCCCAACCACUGCGUAGGACCUCAGGACCCCAAGGAUGGGAAGGCCCAACUCUUCUGCCUUGGACCUCCUGGCCAGCAGGAUGGCAGCUGCCCCGUCACUCACCUGGCUAGAGUUUCCUAGAGGCAAACCACAGGGUUAAGGAGGCCUCGGGGGCAGCUCCGGGGAGGUCCAGACCUUCCACAUCCACCCUGCCUGGUGGCUCCAGGCUCCCAGAGGAGAACACCCGGCAUAGAAGCAGCCCCCUCCUCACCCCACCCCCAGCCCAGUCUCACCAGCUGUGGUAGAGCCCCCCUUCUUGAAGGCAGGCUUCAGUUUGGCCAGGCCCUCCAGGGUGGUGUCGGGGCGGAUGCCCUCAUCGUGGGCCACGGUGACACUUCUCUCAGUGCCCUUGUCAUCACGGACCGUGGUGGUCACAGGCACAAUCUCAGCUUGGAAACAGCCCUUGCUCUGGGCUCUGGCUGCCCUGCCAGCACCGUGGACAGCCAGGCUCAGGUUUCCAUGGGGUUACCUUCCUUCCUGGGGUCCCUCCCUGAGGCCUCUGCCUCCUGCCCUGCCCUUUGGGACAGACAUGCAAGCUCGGGCUGCUAAAUGUGGGGUCACACUCACCUCGGGGGGACGGCAGAGGGUCCCCUACUACCCCACCUGCCCUGGGAGUGGGAAGCCCAGGGCUUUACAGGGACUUCUUGGCCAUCAGCCUUAGAUCUUCAGAUCCUGGCUUAUCCCAACCUCAAAGGGGAGGGGGAAGUUUGGAAGUGGCGGCUUCCCUUUGAGACCUUCACCCAAGAGGGACUAAGCCAAACUGAGGCUGGAGCCCCAGGAAUAUUUGUGCUGGGUUCUGCCAGCUUUUCUGUUCCCUCCCGUUGCUCAAUUCCAUCCGUUCCCCACGUUUCCACGUGAUUAAAAUGACAUAUACCACCCUGAAUAUAUCUAUGCAUAAUUUGCAUGAGUGACACUUAUGAUUAACACAAACUUGUUAGUGGAAUAAAAUUUUUUAAAUGUCAAAAUAAAAUAAAAUGCCAUAUACCAAACUA